AUGGAUACACCGGCUGUCCCGCUGCCUCAAGAUGCCCGAGAGCAAGUCAUCCUCGAUCGUUUGACCGUCAUUCGCGACAGCCUCCUCCUUCUCAAACGCGAUCGCACAACAUAUAUCCGUAGUCAAGAUGUCAUCCCUCUCUAUGACGACACGAUACAGCAAGUCAAGGAUCUGAACACAGCACGAGCGGAAUCUGGCAACAAGGAGGAGAAUCGAGUGGACAAAGUCUUGGAAAGCUGUUUUCAAUUGCUAUCGCUCUUCUACCUGACUAUUGGGCGCAACAACGAAGCCCCUGCCGCUUAUGCUCUGACAUCGACUAUCAAGCGUUUACUUGACCAUCUGACCGAGGUCGAGUUGUACUCGGCCAAAGACCUGGAUAGCAUCAACACUACGCUAUCCCGACUGUCAACGAGCAUUCGAAAAGCAGAAGAGAGUGGAGCAUCCGAUCCGCAACAUUCGCAUUAUCUGCUGGAGCUGUUCUCCACGUCUGAAAUGGAGAAGCUACGAGCCCAACUCCUACAAGUUGGUGAAAUGCGCACCAAUGGGAAUUUCUGCAGUCCCGAUGGCACCGCAGCCAGCGGCGCUGACGAGGUGCUCGACUUGUACGAGCGGUGUGUGAAGUGGUCGGAUAUGGUUCUGGAAAGAAAGGGUCAGGUUGCCGAACAAUGGAAGCCCAUAUACUCAACUCUCACCGGCAUCCGGAACGAGCUGGAGAAAUUGUCGCUGACGCAGGCCUGGUCCCUCCGUGAGACGGAUCUCUACGAUUUCCAGCGACAACUAGAUAAACUGGACGAAAGCCGGCAAGGUGGCAAUUUCUACGACGACAAGGGACGUCCUGCUGAUCUUUGGACACAACGUACUCUGCUCUAUCUGAUUAGACGAAGCUACGCAUACAUCUACCAGCUCAUGAUAUCUUCGGAGCCAGUAUCAGAAGCCCUACUUCCCGUUUACAACCAGUUGCAGACAUUGAAGCGGUGUCUCCGUCAAGUCAAGGACACAGGCGGCGUGUCCUCGGUGCGAGAGCUGUACCCAUACAGCAUGAAGCUGAAUUCACUCGACAAUAUGCGCCAAGAUGGGAAAUUUGUUGUUAACAACGACAUUCCCGAGGGACAAGGCAGUGUCAGUGAGCUUCUUGCAGAGUGCUUCGAACUCACCUAUGAGCUAAGGGUAACAGCGGAAGAGAACAGUGAGAAAGAAGCCCAGACUACGAAAGCUGAAGCCUAA